GGCUAUUAUUUUGCUUUGCCUUCCCACAAGGCUCCUCACCACAAAGUAUGGUUUGGAGACAUCUUCUGUUCCUCCAGCUGUGUGAGGUUAUUGCUCAGAUGAUUUCAUCAGCACACUAAGUUGCUCCCCUCUACAACUUGAGCUUCCCAGACUUCCAAGGAGUCACUUUUCUUGAUAAGCAGGAAUAAAAAGAACAAGUUAUGUUGUUUUUGCAGCGAGGACUAACUCAUGCAUCUUAUAUGCAGAGAAUCGUGCGUGUAUGAUUUCCUAUUUUCUAUCAACUCUGGUAAAGGGACAAAUUUAAAUAUGGGGAUUCUGAGCCAGCUAUCCAUCAUUUACCUCCUCUGGACCACUGCUGUAUUUUGCCAAUAUGAAGACUACGAUUUUGGGGACGAAUAUGAUGAGGAGCCAGAUCGUCAACAUCCAUAUUACUUUAAUUCUAAUCCAAUUGCACAAGCUGAAGUUCCUCACUUCCCUUUUCCCGUUGAGUGUGCCAGAGAAUGCUUUUGUCCACCGGAAUUUCCACUAUCGAUGUAUUGUGACCAUCGUAAGCUUAAAACAAUACCAAACAUCCCUGCUCAUGUCCAACAACUCUAUCUGCAAAACAAUGACAUCGAAGCUGUACCUGCAGGACCGUUCACUAAUGUCACCAUUUUAAGAGAAAUUAAUCUGAGCUACAACAAAAUUAAAUUCAAUAUGAUUGAUCAUGGUGUUUUUGCCAAAUUGACAAACUUAGUGCAGCUUCAUUUACAGCAUAAUGAAUUAGAUGAAUUUCCAUUCCCACUCCCCAGCUCUCUGGAGAGACUUCUCCUUGGUUUCAAUAAGAUUUCUCAGUUACCUGGAAACGCACUGGACGGAUUACCAAACAUAACCAUGCUUGACCUUUGCAAUAAUUUCCUUGAUGAUUCAGUACUCAAAGGAAGUCACUUUUCAGUCAUGAAAAAAUUAAUGCAGCUCAACUUAUGCAACAACAAAUUACAGACUAUGCCUCCUAACCUGCCAUCGUCACUUAUGUAUCUCUCUCUUGAAAAUAACUCAAUUUCUUAUAUUCCGGAAAACUAUUUCAGCAAACUCCCCAGAAUCAUUGCUCUAAGAAUGUCUCACAAUAACCUGCAGAACAUUCCACGCAACACCUUUAAUAAUCUACCAAACCUUGUAGAACUUAAUCUUGGACAUAACAAAUUGAAACAAGUAUUCUACAUUCCGAGAAGUCUGCAGCAUUUGUAUAUUGAAGACAACGACAUUGAAACGAUAAAUAUUACUUUGAUGUGUCCAUCUAUUGAUCCAAUGAACACCAACCAGUUAACCUAUAUUCGGGUGGACCAAAAUAAGCUAACAACUCCAAUAAGCACAUAUGCCUUCUUUUGCUUCCCUCACAUUAGAACCAUUUACUAUGGUGAACAAAACAGUAACGUCAACAAGUCAACACAAAUAAGACGACCAGUGUUCCGACGACUUUUAACACCAGAAGAAUAUGAUGAAAUAGAAGAUGAUCAUGAAACACACGAUCAAGAAACUGAGGAAGAGCAUGAAGCAGAAAACAAUUAUUUUUAUCCUCACUUUUGGUGAAGUAAUUAGUGUUAAUGAGUAUAUAGAGAAAAUUUUCUGUACCUGUGGAGUAUUCAUAUCCAUUUUAUUUUAGAACAGUUAAAUAUUUUGGGAUUUUUAGUUGUAAUCCAUGAAGUGGAGAUAGAAUUUUAGUGUACAUAAAUAUGCCAUUAACGAUGCAGAAAAAAUACAAUACUAGCAGCACGAAUACUCAUGUCAGUGUUUGGUAGCAGUAUGAUAUAUAACCAGUAUUGAUGAUGGACUUAUUUGUGGGUUGGCAGCCUAAGCAGUAGAAAAUUGACCUUGCAUGUUCUAAAGUGAUUCAACUUGCCAAAUGUUUAUAGCACAGAUGAAUGCCGUGCUCAACAGGAAUAUGUGGGUAACAUCAAAAAUCUAUCCAGCUACGUGUUCAACUACUGGAAGUAGUAAGAAAGCAGUAGAAAAUAGACAUACAAGAGACAAACAUAUGACAGCAUGACCACAAAAGAUCACAAGGUUCUUGCACAUCUUCCACAAAUACAGAUGUUGAUUCAUUCAACAUCUAAUUGAAAAGGAAAAUCAAACUUUUGAGUUCCAGAUCACCUUAAUAUAUUGCUUGUGCAGUGUCGUGCCAAGAUGUUUUAUAAUAUUUACUCAUCAACCUGUGCUUCAACUACCACAAGUCUUUCAUAAAGAUUUUAGUUGAUUGGUCAUGAGGGCAAUGAAUAGCUUUUCAUCAAAAGUCUUAAGAUAUGCAUCAACACAGCUCUGAACCAUUAGUACUUAAAUUUUACCUAUUCUUUAGACUAUAUUAUUUUAGAAGGCAUUAAAAAUGUAAUGCUUUAAUUAGAAUUGCACAUGACCUACAGCAGUCACAAAUAGUGGCACUCCAGGCUUUAUAAACAAUGUAUACUAUCCUUCUGCAUAACUAAUCCCAAUAAGCUACAUUCUGCUUCGAAGCUGAACAAAAGUUGCUUUGAGUAAUCCAAAGAAAAGUAGCAUAUAUUGCCUCAGCAAUGGAAAGCUUUUCAUUAUGUCUUAUGCCUAAAAAGAGAGUCAAGUCAAUACAGAGUAAGAUAAUAUAGAGCACUUAACCCUUUGGCUUAAUUAAAUUCUUCAUUUUUCAGCACUACAAGGAAGAACACAAGUGCAAUAAGCCAUACAUCAUACUACCAAAUUUAUAUUGCAAUUUAAGUUUAGGGAAACUAAAAAAGUGCAAUACAAAAAUAAAAAAAAUUGUACUAGUUUCUAAAAAAGUUUUAGCUUUCUUAUCACAUCGGUUACGUUUUGAAGCCCUUCUUAGUAUAUUUUGGUUUCUGAUGCAGCAAAUAAUAUUCUAACAAACUAAAAAGCCUUAAUCAUACAUUUGUAUUUAUACAUUGAAAUUAAGUCCUCAUAAGCACAUGAAUAUAACCAAGUCUUUAAGAACAAAUUCUUUGAAAAAUUUAUGCAUACAAAAUUUAUUAUAUCAUUGUCAACUCGGAGCCUUAUGUGCAUCAACUCAAAUCUUAUUUCUGUCCUCCAUCCCCUCCUCCCCCUUUUUUUUUUCCCUUUCAUGUGUGUAGUUACCAUGAAGAUAUGGCACACGUUUGUACAUCUCUAGCUUCAGCUUCUCACAGUGUAUCUUCCUUUGUUUAAAAACAAAAAAACAAAAAACCCAACAUUUAUCAAGCUCAAGAACCUCUGGCUUCACAGAGGAACAUAUAAAUGUAUUCAUUAUAUUUAAAUACUCUUCAAAAACUUUAUGUACAUUAUAUAUACAAAUUUAAACAUAACCAUCUGUAAUUUUAUAGUUUUAUUAACAUAAACACAUAGUAUAUUAACUGUAGAAAAUCUUUAUAACUCUUCAUCUCUUCAGAUUUUAAGUGAAUAAUGCACAAAACGCAAAUCAAAAUUAAGACAGACCUUUUGGAAGACUUUAAAAAGAGCAUUACUCAAUUAUAGUAGGUGUAUUAUGUAUAUAUACACACAAAUAUAAAAUCAAAAACUUUCUGCUUAGCUUUAUUUUUUGAACUUGCACUAAAGACAAACUUUUAGCAAUUAGUUGCAUAAUUUUCUUGAAGUUUAAAAGACUAACCAAUAAUAUAGCUCUAAAAUUUUAACUAUUACAUUAAAUUCAUUCUCAUGGAACAUGAGAACUCCAAAUAGUCUACAACGAACUCUGAAGCAUUUUUGAGAAAAAAAAUCAAGCUGCCACAGACUAAGAGGUCACAGCACAGAUGAAGGCAAAUAAAAUAUAAGAAACAGCUUGAGAAUAAAUAGUCAUUUCUAGCUGUGGAGGGAGUCCACUGGUAGGAGUUUUGCAAAAGGCCUGUGCCUAGAUUUAUUCUAUUUAAUAUACUUGCAAAAAAUAAAUUAAUUGGACUGAUCUGUGAGACAAUAACAAAAAAUGCUAAGUACUAAUGAAGAAUGACCGGUUACCAGGGUGUUAAAAUAGCAAACAAAAUUCAGCAUUAUUACAUGUAAAGUGAUGGAAAAGAUAACACUAGUUCACAUGAAAACUAAAAAAAUCAUGACGUGACUCCCAUCACUCAGAACAAGGCUUAGAGGUAAUAACAGACAGUACCACAUAAACACUGGCUCUUGUACUAGACGCCAUUCUGGAGUUCACCUAGACAUUAAAUACACUGUAGAGUUCUAGGCCCUUGAGCUACCUAUGAUCUGUACAUACAGCAUAAUUAAUAGAGGAUCAAAGAGAGACUGCAAGGUCACCAGAGGUAAAGAAUAACUUCUAUGCAAGCAACGUUAAGUGGGCUAGGACUCACCAGCGAAACUGCAGCAGUAAUUUCAUGCAUGGUUUCAAGGGAAGACUGGAUAAGCAAUUGUAUUUCUUGGAAGAGAUUAACUGCAGGUUGUCAGACAAAGCGCAAUAGAUGCAAAGGUCUGAGCAGAAAAAUACCUGGAGAAUGGAAGUGUAUUGAUUCUGACACACUAAGCUGCCUAGUCACAUAAGUGUGAAGUUGUGCAUAGGUCAAAUUAUACCAUUACAGUACUAAACAGAUCUUGAGAAAAUAUGGUUGCUGGGUGCUUGCUCUGUUAUUGAUUUUCAGGUUAUUAUACAGUCUUUUUGAAAAGGAAAGAGAUUCUUAAACUAAGAGCUAAAUAAAUACCAAACAGUCCGAUUAGUUUACUUACAGGAGAGCCAGUAAAUACAGAAACAAAGCCUGACCCGGCCUGUAGCACUGCGUCUGCAUUAGCAAUUGAGGUGAAGCGGAAAGAGUGCGUCUGUUCAGCAAAAUACUUGUGAUGAGGCCAUGAAACCCACCCUCAGUUUUUGAAGGAGAGGACACUUAUUCCAGACUAGCCCUAGCAAUUAAUUAAAUCCAUUAGCAGUACAACCCAUCAGGUGCAUCCCCAAGCACACACAUCUUCCCGUUUGUCACAUCUGGAAAGAACCAAGUUCAGGUACUUCUAAGAGUUCCAUGAUACAAGUCAAAACACAGCGACUUGGCCUUAUCAGAAGAUUCACUUCAAAAAUGUGCUCCUGAUCCUAAUUAAAAUACCAUCAGAAACACGACCAGAAACACAGUAAUUGAUAAACAUGGAAUUCCAAUUCUACUUUCAAUCUGGGACAAGCUAUUCAGAAGAACUGUGUUUUCCAAGUCUUAUCUAUGUAAACAAGGAUGGAACUUUCUUGGAAUCCAAACUAAGUACUGCUCACAGUCCAUAAUAAUUAGCAAGGCUUUAUUAGAGCAGUGCAGAUACCUAUUAAAGAUUUUGAUACCUAUGUAAGCCUAUAGGGAAAAACUCAUGGAUUUCUGGAAAACAUUCAGGUACAACUAAGUUUUGUUUACAAAACCGAAGCUCCCAAAACUACAACAUGACUGAAAAAGACUUUUUCACUGUCUGUACUGCAAGAUACAGCUAUAGUGAAGAAAGUAAAAUAAAGUAACAAUAGUUUAAACUCAACUGUCUACAUUCCUUCCCUUAGUCUGAGAACAGCAGGAACUUAUUUUUCCUUAUUCUGUUUUUAAUUGUUGGGUUUUAAUACUUAUGAAGAUUACUUUUGGAGAUACUGACUUCAGUAUCCUGAUAAUAAACUAGAUGGAUUAGGACGGAGACUCCUUUAUAGCCAACAGAUGGUUCACAUUUCAAGCUUUCUGACUCCUUAUAACAUAUUCACUUUCACUCUUAUAGCAUGAACCAAUUUCCUUCUUUGUUUCCCAACUUGAUCAUUGCAAGCAAUAAACAUAGG